AUGGGAAACCAGAAACUGCUGUCUACCCAGCAGAUAUCCGAACACAACACACCAGACAAAUGCUGGAUUGUAGUGGAUAAGCAAGUAUGGGACGUCACUGACUUCCUUGAUGAACAUCCCGGCGGAUCUACAAUUAUCUUGAAAUACGCUGGACACGACGCCACACAAGCCUACUCGGAGGUCCACGCGCCCAGCGUCCUGAAAGCGAAUCUCCAGCCUGACAAGCUCAAGGGCGUGCUGGACGAGACGACCAUCAACGACGAAUGGACCAGAACACCGAUUCGCCAAAGCUCAACCACACUCACAGAUAACGAGAAACCGCCGCUCAACACCCUGAUUAAUGCGCACGACUUCCAAGUGGUUGCGUCCAAAACCGCAAGCAAAAAGACCUGGGCCUUCUACUCCAGCGCUGCAACAGAUCUAAUUACGCGCGACGCGAACAAGUCCUGUUUCGACCGCAUUUGGUUCCGACCGCGCGUGCUGCGCAACGUGCGGGCCGUGGAGACGCGCACCCGGAUGCUGGGAGGAGAUUAUCGACUGCCGUUGUUCGUCAGUCCGGCGGCGAUGGCAAAGCUGAUUCACCCCGAUGGCGAGUGCGCGAUUGCGCGGGCGUGUGGGAGCAAGGGAAUUAUGCAGGGUGUUUCCAAUAAUUCAUCGUACACAAUGGACGAACUUCGCACCACGGCUCCGUCUACAAGUUUCUUCUUCCAGUUGUAUGUCAACCGCGACCGAGAGAAGUCCGCGGCUCUCCUCCGUCAGUGCUCUGCCAACCCGAGCAUCAAGGCCAUCUUUGUGACCGUUGACGCAGCCUGGCCCGGCAAGCGAGAGGCCGAUGAGCGAGUGAAAGCGGACGAGAGCCUGUCCGUGCCCAUGGCGCCGUCUAAGGCGCAGAACGACAAGAAGGGUGGGGGGCUGGGUCGCGUCAUGGCUGGAUUCAUCGACCCGGGCUUGACGUGGGAGGAUCUUAAGUGGGUGCGACAGCACACGCACAAGCCGGUGUGUCUGAAGGGCGUGAUGUCCGCAGACGACGCCUUGCUCGCGCUCAAGGCUGGUAUGGAUGGAAUCUUGCUGAGCAACCACGGUGGCCGGAACCUGGAUACCAGUCCACCGUCAAUUAUCACGUUGCUUGAGAUUCAGAAGCGAUGUCCUGAGGUGUUUGAUCGGAUGGAAGUGUAUGUGGAUAGUGGGAUUCGCCGCGGCACGGAUAUUCUUAAGGCUGUGUGCUUGGGUGCGACGGCUGUGGGAAUGGGUCGAAGUAUGCUGUUCGCAACCAACUACGGACAGGAGGGUGUCGAGCAUUUGAUUGAUAGUAAGUGCAAAUUGACCAGUCGACCCUUUGCCUCGUUUUUCUCAAAUGAGCUUGAGAAGUCAGAAACGAAAGAUGCUAAAUACAUGUUCUCUCCAGUCAUGCAAGACGAGCUGGAGACGGCCAUGCGAAACAUCGGGAUCACCUCGUUAGACCAGGCCUCGCCGGACCUAGUCCACACGGGCGAUGUUGACCAUCUGGUCCCGGCAUCUCGCUCGCACCCGUACGCUCGGGCCAUAGCUAAAGGACGGCAAUGGGAGUCUCGACUUUAA